AUGGUUCUAUGGGAGAUCACAUUUGGAACAACGUAUUUUUUGGGUCUAAAACGAACUUACAAGCUGUUUUUGAAGAUUCAGCGUAAGCUCAUUAGUCCUAAAUAUCCCAACCUUCGUGAUCUCGCUCAUUGGCGAACACAAGUUGCAUUUGAUGUGGCACUGACAAUUCAUCAUAAGGUACAAGAAAGAGUUAUUGAAGCUGGUCGGAACCUUGGUAAUUGGAUCCUUCGAUGGCUUGACAAAAUGAAGCCAUCUGCUAAUAUUCGAGGUUCAAAUAACAAUGCAACCACGAAUGCAUCUAAGCAGCUUACGAACUCAUCGCACUCCCCCAAUCCCAAAACUUUCCAGAAAUAUGGUGCUGGCAAGGACAAGGAAUUCAGCAGCAGACAUCUGUUUACCUCAGCUAGGAACACAUGGCAGAAAGCUUACCUAACCAUUUCAAUGAUGAUUAAACCAAAAGCCCAGCUGAAACAAAUAUCCAAUACAGUAUUAGCUGCAUUUAAUCAUUUCUGUAACUCAUUUUGGGCACUAGAAGCUUCAAGUCUCGCCUUUUUGAGGGAAUCUUCUACCUCUGCCAUUCUCCUUUGUGUUGCCCUUGUAGUAUUAGGUUUAGGACCAUAA